ACAAUUGACCACGGCACAAAUCAGCUGUCCCAGUCAAGCUCGGUAAACAUAAAUAAUUCCCCGGUGGCAAGAAGUUCUCUGCUCGAGGACUGGCAUUUCUCACAAGGCCAGGAUGCAGUAGUUGGGCUGCGGAGCAUUACGAUCCCCAUAAUUUCUUCCGUAGAAGCUAAGUGUUCACAUCAUUGUUGCAUGUGUUAUAUGUUUUGUGUGGUGGUUGAAAAUAGACAAACACUUAAUUCGCCAUGGGUCGAAAUGUUCUUGUUAGCAGCUUGCAGAAUGCCUCCUUCAGUAUCGUCUUUCAGAUUAUAUGCCGAUGUAUUACGUUCGCCAUCAACGCAUUCAUAGUGCGGAACGUUGGACGGGAAGUACUUGGAAUCACGAACGUACGACUGCUGCUCCUCGAAAGCACUCUGCUCUUCCUGUCGAAGGAAGCGAUCAUCCGAUCAGCUCUUAGCUCACGCCACAAUAAGCAAUGUAGUUGGGCUCAGCUGAUAAAUCAACUCUGGAUCACCGUUCCAGUAUGUUUCGCGCUCACCCUGCCGUGCUUAUACAUUUGGCUGAACUGGCUAUCGGCAGUAGAUGCUAUCUACGCCGAGCAGUAUCGGUUCGGUUGUUUCGCGAUAGCAUUUUCGUGCAUCAUUGAAAUGACGGCAGAGGCACCGAUCUUCGUAGGGCAGGUGUUUUGUUUUGUGAAGCUGAAAGUCAUCCUUGACACCGGCCACAUCUUCAUACGAUCGUUCAUCUUCAUCUUGAUCGUGCUGAUGAACAAGAAUAUUACCAUAUAUGCUUUCGGAAUUGCACAAAUCACCAGUGCAUGCACAAUUAUAGUCGGAAACUAUGCUUUCUACUACUUUUACAUCCCGAGGCUGCUGCAGUAUCGCAAGGAUCUCAAAAAAGUUGACGACAAGUACGUACUCCGUGACCAGUACGGACAGCAUUUUGAAAAUAUGGACGAUUUUCCCUUUGUGUCGAUCAAGCAAAUGCUUCCAGGAGUGCUACCAAAUCCGAACUCUAUGUUUAACUCCGAUUUACAAACGCUCGUGUUGAGCUUCGCGAAGCAGGGAGUCCUGAAGCAAGUGUUAACUGAGGGUGAAAAGUACGUCAUGUCCGUUAGCCCGGUGCUGACAUUCAGCGAGCAGGCAACGUACGAUGUGGUAAAUAAUAUGGGCAGCCUGGCAGCCAGAUUCAUCUUCCGUCCCAUCGAAGAUAGCAGCUACUUUUACUUUACGCAAACCAUUGCACGCGAUUCGGCGCUGGCCGAGCAGAAGCGCGAAAUGGUACAGGAAGCAUCGGACGUCCUUGCGUACGUAAUGAAAACGGUAACGUCGAUCGGUCUGUUGGCGUUUGUGUUUGCGCAGAGUUACUCCGGCACGGUGUUGCUUUUGUACGGUGGAGCAGAUUUCGUUGAAGGUGGCCUACCCGAGCAGCUGCUCCGUUGGCACAGCCUUGCAAUCGUUCUGCUUGCCCCGAACGGCAUCACCGAGGGGUACAUGUUUGCCACGAACACAUCCAAACAGAUCGAUACCUACAACUACUAUAUGGCUUUCUUCUCCGUCACCUUUUUGUUGCUGUCCUAUCAGCUUACCAAUUGGUUCGGUCCGGUUGGCUUCAUACUGGCGAAUUGCUGCAACAUGAGCUUCCGGAUCAGUUAUAGCGUGUUUUAUAUCAACAAGCACUUCCGUUCGAUUGGGAUGAACCCGUUGCAAAAGUCCCUGCCCGGGCCGAUGUACCUGAGCGUGCUAAUAGUUUCCGGUAUAGUGUGCAAAGUGUCGGAGGCAUACUUUAGCGGGCGUUCAAUUGUAUGCCACCUGUUAGUUGGUGCGCUUUGCACGGGCUUAUCCGUUGGUACGUGGAGUUUUGAAAAUCGAGACCUUUUACGCACAGGAUUGGCACGAUAUCGCACACGCAAGCAAAGUCUGACGCCUAGCGAAACUCAUGUGAAUUAAUGAUUCUCGUCACAAUUUUCUUACUCCAAUCCGUACCAAAGACAUUAGCAGAUAGAUGCUUAGCAAAUCCUUCUAACUAAGCUAAAUGUUUGUUUGUUUGUUUUUUUUCGUUUUAAAGCUGCUAACGCAAGGCACAAAAAAGUACAUGAACAUAUUCGAUUGACCAACAAUUGUCCAUAUCGGCUAACAACGACCAUGGUAGAUAGGUACCAUAAUUGAUACCGCAUAAUAAAUCGCCUGCGAAGGUUUAA